CAAUAGGAUAUGACUCAGCAAUAGGAUAUGACCUCUCAGCAAUUGGAUAUGACUCGGCAAUAGGAUAUGAUUCGGCAAUAGGAUAUGACCUCUUGAUCCAAGGACCUUCUGGUUUAAUCAACCUCUUGGCAACAGGAAUGGCAUUGAUAUUGGAAAGCGUAGCCAAUAAAAUGGACGCAAAAAUAAAAAUUCGGGCCAUAGUUAGAGUUUCUUUAUGA